AUGGAACCCGGUAUAAAGUUUGCUCUUUUGCUCGUAUUCCUUGUGUACGUACAUAGGACAGCAUGUACUCAUUUUCGAGGCGGCUCAUUCACAUACAAGCCCGUCAAUUCAAGUAACCAUGCAAGCAUGAAGGUAAGAGUUGCAUUUUCAAAUACACAUCUCUUCGAUGUGCGCACGCCAAAUAUGAAUUCAUCAUCUCUGGAAACAGCCUUUUCAAAUUCAGCUUUUCCUUGUAAAACCUCUGAUGUCUCAGUUAACAAAACGGUCGAACGUCACAGAUGACUCCCGGAACUACGCUGAAUUCUUGCAGGGUCGAAAUCAAAUUACUUGAGGUAGUACAUACAGUAUCUUCUCAAAUCAUAUCAUCUUAACUUUGGGAAUGAGACGAUCUGAUGACGUGGUGGCUCAGUGGCGAAUCAUGACCCCUUUUUCUCGGAAUUGAAAUAUUGUUCAUGCUUAAAAACAGGUUUACGUCUUCGAAACAUAGUCAACUAUGUUUGCAACAUUACUCCCAUUUCCAAAUCUAAGGGAAAGAAGACACAUUUCGUGAGUCAGUUUGUACAGCAUUUCUUCAGAGUCUUUCAUAUGAACUUUCGAAUGAAACGAUCUGCCGAGUGAUGAAGUAUAACUCUGAGGCGAUUUAUGAUUCCUUCUCGGAAUUUAAAUUUUGUCAUGCCGUUAACUUGAGACGUACAGGUUCAUUUAUUCGCGUGACGUAUUUCCAAAUCUAAGAGAAGAAACCUAAUUUUUUGAGUCAGUAUAAACGGUAUUUCCUCAGUGCCUGUCAUAUUAACUUUGGAAUGAAACGAUUUGCCUGAUGAUGAAUUACAACUCAGAGAAGAUUGAUGAUCCCUUCUCGGAAUUUAGAUAUUGUUAUGCCGUUAAUUUGAGGAGUACAGGUUCAUUACAGCGAACAAUAAACAAUGAACUGUCUGUAACAUUUACUCACUUAACAUAUUUCUAAAUCUAAGGGGAGAAACCUAAUUAUUUGAGUCAAUAUAAACAGUAUUUCCUCGGAGCCUGUCAUCUUAAAUUCUGAAUGAAACAAUCUGCGGUAAAAUUUCUGCAAAGCUCCACACUAUUGUAAAACAAAUCUGUUUGGAAAUUUUACCCAAUCUGCUGGGUGAUGAAGUAACUCGGAGGCGAUUCGUGAUUCCUUCUCGGAAUAUAAUUACUUCCAAAGGGUCUUGAUAGUAGCAGGCAAUUCAAGAAACAGAAACCUCUGCCAUCUUCAGUUAAUUAUUGUGCAAAGCGUUGGGAGUUGAAUUUAUAAUAAGUAGAAAAAUGCUAAUUAUGAUAAAUCGAGACAAAAAGGGGCUAUUAAAAUUCAAAGAAAACAAUCCUCUUUGAAUCAACAACUACACUAUGUAAAUCUUAAACUAUCCUUUUAAUUUUCACACUUUCAUGCUUUGCCUCUUUCUUAUGGUCACGAAUUAUCAUAGUUGGCAUUUUUCUACUUGUUGUUAAUUCAACUUCCCGAUCGCUUUGCUCAUUUGAGUUACAAGAUUGAGUGACUAUCAUCUAAACUUUGGGGAUGAAACGAUCUGGCGAUAAAUUACGAGGUGAAUCAUGACUCCUUUUUCACGGAUAUUAGACAAUGUUCGAACUUGAAAGUACCAGAGUUGGUAAAGUUUCCGCAUAGCCCGAUACUAUUAUAAAAAAAAUCUGUUUUCCUAUUGGCAAUGGUAAUGUUCGCAUCAAUGGUUAUUAAUCAUCUAUGUCUCAGCCAUAUUACUCAAUUACCGCCUUCCCAAAUCUGGAAGGAAAGAAACUUUGAUGAGGCACUUAAAAGGCUAGUUUGCUGUGUAAUGGCAUCGAUUAGAAGAGGCAAACGUUCGAAACUUCGCCGCUACUCUCUCAGUUCUUUGCUCCAGCAGUGAAUUUACCUCAUCGGUGCAUGAAGUUUCCGCAUAGCCCCAUACUAUUGUAAUACAAAUCUGUUUUCCCAAUGGCAAUGUAUUAUUUUUGUCAUUGUUUUCUCUGUUCAAGAAUUGAAUGCAUAAUGUAGGAUAGGGCUGUGCGGAAAUAUUACCUUAUCGGGCUAAUUAACGUCUUGAUACGCAGCACACUGAACAUUUUUCCUAGAAACUGGUAAUUUAGUGUUAACAACUAAGUUGAAAACGUAAAUUGGCUACCGUAAAGAGUAAAAAAGCUGACGUUUCGCGCGUUAGCCCUUCGUCAGAGCGAUUGGAGGAAUUGUGGGUUGUGUGUGGGUUUAUAUGCAGAAAGUGGAGCUGCGCUAGUGGAGGAAGUAUGGUGACGAGAAAACGAGAAUAAAUUAGUUGAAUGAAACGCGUUCGUUGAUACCAUGAGGAUUAAGAGUGCCGAUUUGGAAGAUAGAUUUUUUUUCUAGUGCUUUGCGGCUUUCCAAACUGCCUAGAUGUAAGGAAAGGCCGCAAACUGCCAUAUGUUGUUUAGAAUGAUUGGGAAGAUUUAAGUGUCUAGCGACUGGUUUGGAUGCGUCCUUGUCAUUUCUUUCCACGUCGCGAAGGUGUUCUCGGAAUCGGUCACCUAGUCGUCUUCCUGUUUCACCAGUGUAUAACUUAUCGCAAUAAGCGCAAGCGAGAAUCGAGACUGAUUGAGUUGCAAGGUUGUGAGGUUGGGCAAUGAACGGAAGUGUGUCACAAGACUAUCAAUUAUAAAUUAUACCCAGAUAAAUUUAGUCGUUUUAUCUUACACAAAUUACUUAGAAAAGAACCUCCUUCAAACAGGGAAUAAUGCGAUCACACUUUGGGUUCGCUCACCAAGUAUUAACCGUAUCUACGUCCACUUUUCCGCUUAGAACCCAGAGUGCUCGAGGCCUGUCAAUAAUUAACCACGCUUCUGGUUUAUUUACCAUAAAGCAAUCCUCGGUAUCAGUUUGUUUUUGUAGACUGUGAACUACAUGAAGUUCUAAUAUGUGCAUCCCCGCGAACAGUGCCAUAAGUAGUUAUUUUUUGUUACGUCACGUGGUCCCCUGCAUUGUAUCGGUGAGAAAAUUUUGCAUUUUUUGUUUUAUUUAUAAAGAAAUGAUUUUCUUUUUUUAUCCUUUUUUAUUUUUAUUUUUAUUUAAUUAAUUAACUAUUUAUUGAUUAAAAUUUAUUAUUUUUAAUCAUUGAUUAAUUAUUUUUUUAAAUUUAUUCUUUCUCGGUCAUUCUUUGAAUUCCGGGUAUUCCGGGUAUUCCGGGUAUUCCGGGUAUUCCGGGUAUUCCGGGUAUUCCGAGUAUUCCGGUUCCGGUACCUUUACUGCUGAGGAAAUGUUUUUGCUGUUAUAGUAACGGUUUGACUAUUCGGUCUUGUCUCUUCUGGGCAUCACGGAGUUCGCACGUCUCUUUAUGGUGGAGCUCGAACUCCUAUUUUAAACGGUCUUCGUCCAGGAGCCGAUUGUCUUGUCUUCGUCCUGUCAAUAAAACUUUUUGUUGAGGUCAUGUCUUAGACCAUACCAUAUGUAAGCGCUGUUUUCGAAAUUCGAAAAAAUUCAUGUUAGCAAAUUUAAAUUAUUUUUCCCGUUUUCUGAAGGCUGAAAAAGUCCCUGCAGUUCUUUCUUGAGGUCCUUAAGCAAGUGUUUGAGUUCAAAGGUUUUUCAGAAACUUUUUAACCGACGAGAUCUCAAAUGCAAAACAUUUUUCCUAUCUCUUUCAAGACAUUAGAGUUGGUUUGGUCUGAGGUUCAAACCUUCAUUCUCUCUCGUACCCAACACCCCAUCACUAAACCAACAGAGCCAACCGAGCGGUAUGUUUUAAACUAAUGUUGCAGUAAUUUAAAUCUAUUUUCAGGUGAUCAUAAAAUUCCGGAUGGGUUGGCGAAGAUCUUACUCUCGGAACACAUUCUGUGACCAAAAUACAAUAAACUCCGGCUCGCUGAUCGGCAUUAAUGGCUACUUAAGGUGCAGAUCCGGCUGCUCUGGCAGUGUCGGGAAUUUACGCUUCAAAUGCUCGGAUUUCAGUGUACAAGAGGACUGGACAACUGGCACUAACAGCUUUGAAUAUACGUUUCCCGUCACAUCAUCUCGCUACUAUAAAGUCAGGUUUGUGAUCAUUAAGUAUCUAUAAAAUCACUGAGAAGGCUUUCCGAGUCCAAACUGAGAGUAAGGUUCAGUGAAAGUAAAAGAGGGAGGGGGUGCUGCUUGAUAUAAGGGAGGAGGAGGGGAGAGGACUUUUAGAGGUGUACCAAUACGGAAUCAGAUACUGAUUAGUGUGCAUUUCGAUGAGGUGUCGCAGAAUCUAAAACAAAUUUAUUAUCGUUGGUAGCCAGUCGGAGGAAAGGUACAUAUCAAAGGAGCCAACGGGGAAUCUAAGUUAACUCCUGGAAGGGCGGGGGAAAUAAGAUUGUCAGUGAUUUUGAGUGCAAUUACGUAGACCAAUCAGAGCGAAGUUUAGCCAAAAAUGUAAACAAAAAUGCAAUCUCGAAUUCUCGAUAUUCAAUCGAUGAUUAUUCUUUUUGCUUUUUGCAGCUAUUCAGGAUAUAACUGGAUUGCUCUCGUGCAUACAUCAGGAGCUUCAUGGGAGAUUGGAAUGUACGUUAACCUUACUAAAAGAAGUGACACUGGACGUUUGAAUACGUCGCCAGUGGCGACAAUGACACCAAUUGUUCGUUUGAAAUACGGCUGUAACCAUUCUAUAGUUAUCCCAGGUAUGUAAACCUUAGUAUGUAUACCUCGAAUGCAAGUUUACCAACUUCUCCUCCCCCAGUCAUAUCUUCUCUCUUUUUACCUUGCACUCGAAAUCACCCUAAAGUUCAAUUCUUUUGAACAGAAAUUAAAUUCUCUCCGAAAGAUUCAUGUCUCUUCAGAGAAGAAUUUAUCAUUUCAGAUUCUUCGUCCCCAGAGGAGAAUUAUAAUUCUGAAGAGAAGAAACCUGGUUCUUGAGGAAAGAGCUAUACGGGUCUUCUCCCAAGGUUAAUAAUUCUUAUAUGAAGAAUCUCGUGUAUGUCUGAUUCUUGUUACAAGAAUACUAAUUUUUUCUCACAAGAACGAGAACCAUUUAAUGGUGUAUUCUUCUGAAAAGAAACACUGCUCUGCUCCCAAGAUGAUAUCCAUUUAAGGAAAGAACUGUGGGUCCUCUCCAAAGAUUAGGGAUUCUUAUGAGAAGAAUCUCAUAUAUGUCUGAUUCUUGGUAGAAGAAUAUUAGUUUUUUUCCCACAAGAACAAAAUUCUUUUGUCAAGAACCAAUUAAUCAGGUAUUCUUCUAAGAAGAAACACUGCUCUCCUCCUAAUAUGAUAUCCAUUUAGACAGAAUCUCAUUUUUUAAACAAGCUUAUCAGAAGAAUUACUGCUCUUCCCUGAAGACACAAUACUUGUUUGAGAAGAUUGUCAGUUUCUGAGUCUCCUCAUGAGAGUUUUUGUCCUUCACCCAAGAAUGAAUAUUCGUGUUUAAUUGAUCGUUCUUCACAAGAGAUUGACUUUGCUUGUGUAAAGAAUCACAUUCAAAAGCAUUCUUGCUGAUAAAGUCUUUGUGCUCUUUUGAGGUCUGAAUAUUCUAUUGAGAAGAAUCUUUUGCCUUUAUUGGGUUUUUUGGAGUUAUUGAAAGGAUUGAUUUUCCUCUAACACAGUAAAUUAAAUUAGUUCCAUUUUUUAACAUACAAUCAACAUAACAUAAAACUAACUCACAUAUUUAUAAUUUAUGCAUCAAGUUGUCAAUGAACAACCAUAUCAACAUUCACAGUAUCGAAAAAAUUCACUGAUUAUCUACAUAUCUCAUUUUUUGUAUCUUAUAAUAAUAUCAUAUCACUUUUAAAUCAUUACCUCAUUUCUUAUCUAUUUUUCAACAUAUAAUUCACAAACAAUAUAAUUAACUCACAUAUUCACAACAAGCUUGAUGUUGUUUAAUUUGUCGUUUUUUUUUAUUCUUCAUCUUCUUCUCUUGUUCUUCUAGUUCUCGAUCUUGUUUCGAGUUUUUUUUAUAGCCUUUAGGCCCUCUUGUUUUUGAUUCUCUUGGUGCUUAGUAUGUGAAACCUUGUUUGUUUUUGUUGGUUUGUUUGUUUGUUUGUUUUGCAUGAAACUUUUCAGAACGUCUUUCUUCUUUUACUUACAUCUUUUUUAUUUCGCCACAAAUACUAAAACUAUAUUUUACAUUUUUGUUAUCUAGUGUCCGACGAUGACAAAGACGAAGUGCGGUGUCGUUGGGCGAAAAGUAACGCUAGAGAGUGUGGCGGAAUAUGUGGAGGAUACGGGUUACCAAAUGCAUACAUGUUUUACGUACGAUUAUUGUCUCAUUUCUAUCAGCUGAACUUGUAUGUUAUCAAUCAGAUUUAGACUCCUUUCCGAGGGCUGCGCUGCGAAAUGAUUUUUGAUUAUGUGAUGUACUCACUUUUGGUCGGGUAGAUCUUUGUUUUCAAAAUCAGUCGUAUCAGUUACGGCAUUUUUUUUAUAAUAAAGUUCGGAUAUAACACGCGCUGUCAUUGGUUGAAAGAGCGUGCUCUAUGAGAGUAUAGAGCAUAGAACUGAGCUAAAGCUGUCACGCCAUCUGCCAAAUUGUAUUAUGUUCGACCUUUCUGGGACUUCUUUUUAGCUUUUUUCCGAUAAUUGAAAGUAAAAUUUCGGAACAAGCGAGCCGGCAAGUAGCAACAGAAGAACCAAACAAAGGCGAGUUUUGCGGCGCUGUCAUCCCGAGCGAUCUUCAUGUUCCGGUGAAUUCGGCUGUAGUUCAUUUCAAAAACACUCGCCUUGAACAGUUUGUUUUCUACCUUAUAAUGUGAAAAAACUCGCGUGUUUUUUAUGAGCCAUAAUUCGGCUGAAGUUCACUGAACAUUUCACUUGAAGAUUCUGUAUUAAAAACUUCAGGCAAAAGCGUUAAAAUCGACUUGCCGAACUAUUUUAGUUUGUAAACUAUCGCAGAUUGUGAACUUUGAUGGUUUUUUAACUUUGAUGGUUUGACACUUUUGACAGCUUUUGUCUUGUAGAGCCAAUUAGAUUAUUUGAACCAUUCUAACAGGGAUUCUGAUUGGCUUAUUGUAGCGUGCUCUAUGAGAGUAUAGAGCAUGCUGACGACAUUGUUGUUCGCUUUAGAAAUAAAGUUUGUUUUGAAAAUUGGAAGUAAUGCAUGGGGAAUUUGACGGAUGCUUUAUUAUAAAACAAAUAGAGAAGCCUUGACUGUGUUCUGUUCUGUUAUAAAGCACUUAGGAAGCGGCUAGAGCACUCAAGAAGUGGGGAGAAACACGAGACGUAGUCGCGUGUUUCUCCCUACACUUCUUUCGUGCUCUAGCCGCUUCCUGCGUGCUUUAUAACAGAACAGAGCACAGUCAAGGCUUCUCUAUUUGUUAAAUAGAUCAUUUAUAAUCUCCCACAAAACGUGCCGGAAAACACGCCUAACAAAACAAAGGAUAUUUUUUCUUUGGUCUGCUGGGUAGUGGUGUCCCGAGAAAGAAUGUAGUGUUUUGUGUCGCUUUAUCUUAUACAUGUGUUUCGUCAUUCUUCAUGAUAUUUUGCACUUUUUUUCCUCUGACACAUUCACUGUUUCUGUUGAUACAGCGCGAAUGCAGAAUCACCUACAGUGCAACGGAAUACAUUGGCUUUUACGCUGUUGCUGCCAUGAUCGAAGAUUUUGCCUCGCCAACAGACUCACAGCCAUUGAGUGGCAUUCCGUUGCAGUUUUUGGUGUACGUGUUCAACUCAAACGAAACGUGUGAUGAACGCCCGGAGUUCACGGAAUACACGCGGGCCGAGGGAUCGUGUAUUGGAAUCCCUCCUGGAGGAACAUACUUCGAUCGUAUCAUCGUGCGAGCCGGUGGACCAUCAAAAAGGUAAAAGGUAACAAAAAGUAAAAGACAGUCCAAGUAGAUUUACUGGCUCUAAAGGUUCCGUUAGUUGCGCGGGCUAUCUCGUAAAUUGCAGGUGAAAUGUAAGGGAAGUUGUCCCUUAAAUUUUCUCGACGAGUGAAUGAACGUCCGUUUGCAUUCAAAAAGCGAUUAACUUAGCAUUAAAGCAACUUGAGAGAAAUAUAUUCAUAGUUCUCAUUUUUUCCUGCUGUAUUUGCAAUAUCAUUCCAGAAUUGUGGAGGUCACUACCAACAGUCCUCAGGGAUUCAUCAAGUCUCCUGUGGCUCAGUAUGCACCACAGGAAUACUACGUCAAUGUCACGUGGACUCCGAUAUCAUCAGAGAUAGAGACCAAACUGUUUUGUUUCACGGGAUUGGAGGAUUCCGGGUAUUCAUAUCAUUGGUCUUUUUGUCUUGUAUUCACGGUUAAAUAUAAAACAUAAAACAUUGUUCAUAUUAUAGAAAGAAAUACAUACAAUUUAACCCUUUACCCCCUAACAUCAGAAUGUAAGUUCUCCGUACUGUUCUUGAUACAUUUCUUAUGAUACUUACUUGGAGAAUUUGUCAAACAAUCAAGAGCUUGUAAUUUACCUCAUUCUCAUGAUCUUAAUGUUUGAUUCAGGGGUGAUACUGUGAAGAGAAAUUAGAUGAGUAUCACCUUAACUUGUUAAAGAAGUGGUGUGCUAGUUAUCUUAUGAGAGUUGUGAAAGGCUUUCUUUCUUUCAUUUGUAAACCUUUUAAUUAACUUAUAGAAUGUCAAUAAUCAAUUUUGUUUAUAUGUUGUGUUUAGGGUAACAACUGAGCAGAGAUGCGUCGAUCUGCUUGUUGGAGGUAAAAGUUAUCUUAAUUCAUUACCGUUACUUGAAGUAAAGCCGUUCUUUCAAACGUCCAGGUCCUUUAGGUCAUAAUUCAAUGAGCCUGAUUAACCUGAUUGGCCCACUGGAAUUUCUCGAUUAACCUGACUGACCCACUGAAAGUUCUCGAUUAACUUGAUUGACCUACUGGAAUUCCCCGAUUGACUUAACUGGCCCACUGGAAUUUCUCGAUUUAUCUGAUUGGCCUACCAGAAUUUCCUGAUUGACGUGACUGGCCCACCGGAAUUUCUCGAUUAAUCUGAUUGGCCCACUGGAAUUUCCCGAUUAACCGCCUGAUUGGCCAACUGGAAUUUUUGCGAUCACUUGUCGCUUCUCUUUGAGCAGACUACCGGGUCUUUUCCUUCAUUUCGUGACAGUCUGUCUUCGAAUUCAUUCUACUUUUUUCAUGGCGAAAACGGCUCCACAGUUUUCGCGUAGUCAUUUUUUUUUCGUUGACUCCAAAGAAGAGGACUCGAUGUGUCUGCUUUACCAGGCCAAUAACCGAGGUCCGUUUUUUCCGACAAUAAAGAUAUUAUUCUACGAUAAACACCCACUCUCAAGGCCGUCGAACAAGGCCCCUGUGAGGUUCCAAAUUGGGACGAGGGUUGAAAUUUUUAUUUCUAAUUUCAGUUGAUCACAUUGUAUGUACGCCUUACGUGCCUACAUUUUUCUUUUUCUAGUUGCGUCUCCACAAUUUGCUAGUCUCUCACCGCAAGGAGAAGUUCUUCCCGACACAAGUCAGUGGACUAUCGCUUUUGACAAACAGGUGUCUUGAAGUAUUAUCUGAGGGAGGUUGGGAGUUCCAUAAUGAUUGAAACCUUGAAUAGAACACCGGCUGAAAUUCAUAGGUUCUGUGGUAUUUGAUGCUGAAAUGUAACCCUAAUCUGCCAAAAUGUUUAUUACAGUUCGUGCGUCCUAUACGAAGCAGCCAUAUCCGGAUCCAUCGAUCUGACGGCACAGUUGUUUUCAGUGUUGACGUGGCCAUUACUGCCGGGGUGUUAUAUCCAGUUGGGAGUCUGGGACGGACUAUUCAGUUCACGACGUCACAGACCUUUACAGAGAAAGAGAGUUACUAUUUAACAAUGGAUCAUGGUAAGGAUACUGGGUUUAUAUCAUGAUCAUUCAGUUUAUGUAACAGAUGUUGAACCUAUCACCCAAUGAAAUCGCCUCCAUACAACUUUCUCCAAACUUUUCCUGAAUUAUCAAUUUGAUAACUGUACCUGAGAAGAAUCGUGUUGUCUCCAAAUCGUUCCAUGAUCUAAGAACUUUGUCCUUAGAUCAUUUUUUGGAGAAAAAGCAGUUUAAAAAAUGAGAGACAGCAUCAAAGGUUUUGCAAUCAAGCCUAAGGUCAAUGCAAAUGUCAUAUUGACGAUAUUUUCUGGUUCCCUUGCAGGUGUGGCUAAAGGUGUUACCUACUGUGGUGCUGAGUCGCCUGCCAUCACAGAUCCUUACACCAUGAGGAUAAAGAUAAGUACGUUGUUAUUUCUGAUAUUACCAACAACUAUUGUUAAUAGAUUAUAAACUGUUUAUAAUCUCUUGUUGUUGCACUAUCAUCAUCAACUUAUUUGUCUUUCUACAGAGGAUAUCACCCCACCUGUUUUAACAUUCAUUAUGCCCCAUCUCGUUCUGGAGGUGACUUUCAAAUUACUUGGACAGCAAACGAAAAUGUUACAGCUCAGUGCACAGUGCAAACUCCUUCUCUGCUCUUUGGUCAACCAUGCAAUUGGUCGUGGACUGGAAGCAAUCUAA